AUGAGCGCUGCCCAUGGACACCUGCAACAACGGAGACGCUACGAGUGCGUUGCCGACCUUCUGGAGAUUAUGGAUUUGGAGAUUUUGGGAUAUUAUAGGGAUUGGGGAAGGGAAAAUUCACAAAUGACAACAAAGAAGUUCUCAGAAGAGCCCGAAUUUGAGCGUCCAAUAGGAAACCACACAUUCUUCUUGGGUAGAGAAGCUGUACUCGGUUGCGCUGUCACGAAUCUUGGUAAACAUAAAGUAGGCUGGCUAAGAGCAGAAGACCAGACAGUCCUCACGAUGCAUGACAGAGCAGUUCUGAGUGCCAGGUACUCAGUACAUAUGGACGCUCCAAGAACUUGGCAGUUAAGGAUCAGGCCUCUGAGGGCAGAAGACCGAGGCUGUUAUAUGUGCCAGAUCAACACGCAGCCAAGUAUGAAGUGGCAGAUUGGGUGCAUUGAUGUUUAUGUUCCACCAGACAUCAUGAGUGAUGAAACUUCAGGAGACGUCUCAGUUCAAGAGUUGGAGAACGCGACGUUAACCUGUAAGGCGACUGGUCAUCCUCCUCCAAAGAUCACUUGGAGAAGAGAGGACCACGAGCCUGUGCUGCUGAAGAAACCCCAGUCCAGGGAUUUUGACAAAGUGGAGAGCUACGUGGGCAGUUCAUUACCGCUGUGGCGCGUGGACCGGCGACAGAUGGGCGCGUUCCUGUGCAUCGCAGCCAAUGACGUGCCGCCCGCUGUCAGCAAGCGGAUCAUACUUAAUGUUAACUUUGCACCAACAGUGAAAGUGCCAAAUCAGUUGUUGGGUGCUCCACUGGGGACAGACGUCAAAUUAAAAUGCUACGUGGAAGCACAUCCGAACACUAUCAACUAUUGGAUCAAGAACAGAGGGGAAAUGUUACUCGAUGGGCCUAAGUACACAAUAACAGAAGAGAAAAUGUCUUAUCAAGUCACGAUGUGGCUAACCAUCAGGCAGUUCUCAAGAAAUGACAUCGGUACUUAUAACUGUGUUAGUACCAACUCUUUAGGGAAGAGUGAGGGCACUCUUAGACUUUAUGAAAUAAAACUGAACUCGUAUGCUGAAGAUUUCGGCAACCAAAUCAGUGUCGCUGGCGAACGCGUUUUGAGUGUGAUGAUGGAGUUAAUAUUUUUGUUAUUUCUUAAGGAGGUUUGCAUGUACUUCGAUUAUUCGGAACGUGCGAAGUUGGUGGAAAGGGUAAAGAAAACCGAUCGCGGCACAAUUAUGUAA